AUGUGGAGUAAAAAGGCCAGAUAUUUAAUUCUUGCCUUUUCUGUGGCUGUAUUGGCGGCUGAAGAUGGUCUGGAACCGAAAAAAGCCGACCAGCAUGCUUUUUCCAAAACGAUUCAUUUUAUCUUGACAGUAAUUUUGGAGCUUUUUCUUCCUUCUUUGGCGGCCGCUUUGGCAAUUGCCGACAAGUUUCACUGGUCUUUGUUUCUCCAGUACAUUCUGACGGGAUAUCUGGUUUUUGAUGUGGUUUUCCUUUCGUUUCCAGACGACGGUGGUCACGAAAACAGAACUUCCAAGGGUACCGGAUGGUUUCUUGCCGUGUUAUUUGGCAUUGUAGUGUUCGUUGGGACCUUAAUCAAUGGCUCCAACUUGGUGAUCAACAAAUUUUACCCUCAUAGGAAUUCUUCCUCGAAUCUGGGUAGUAUCAACCAAUAUGGACUUUCCUACAAGAUCUACAAAAUCACUUCAUUUCUAGUUGUCCCCACCGGUUGGGUUCGAGUAUGUUUGGCCCCCAUUGCUCUUUUUGGCUUCUGCUACGAUUCACAUACGGGGCAAUGUAUUGCUCAUGGUAUUAUGGGGUCGUCAUUCAUUCUUUAUGGCUUCGUCUUGUCGUUGGUGCUCAUUGUUCCGUGGAUAAGAUGUCAUCCGGAUCCCGAAGCCAAAUCCCAGGACUUCUACGACUCGUGCUUGAUGUGGUUGUGGGGAUUGGUGAAUACUUUUACCGAGCACAGAUGGGGUAAAGAACCAUGGAGCCAUGGUGAUUUCUUGCACACUUUUCUCGGUCUUAUAUGGUGGGCCGGGGCAUCUGCUGCUCUCUUCAUUACUCGGUCUGGAGGAAAACGGACGUUGAUACCUUCUUUGCUCUUGAUCUUCACUGCCUAUGCCAUGAAAGAGCAUGGCCAACAUCAAGAAAUUUCGGUGAAAGUCCACACUUUUUUUGGUAUGGCAUUGGCAUCUGCUGGGUUAACAAGAAUUGUUGAAAUCCUGUUCAUUUUGAAAGACAAACGUUGUAGUGACAGUGGUAAGGUUCUAGCUUUCCAGCAUUUACCUCCAUUCUGUCUUGUUCUCGCCGGGUUGAUGUUCAUGGCAGCUAACGAAGAAAUGCUUACGCUAGUUGAGGGUUUGGGAAUGAACCAUGCUUCGUAUAUUCUCUUGCUUACAAGUGCUGCUUUCUUGAUCUACUUGUGGAUGCAGGCAUUGCUUGCGUUCUACUUGCGAUUAGUCGGUUACGAUGAAGAUGGAGAAUUGGUGCAAAGAGGAUUUAGCGCCGUUGGCGAAGAGGGAUUCGAGCUCGGAGACUUGAGCGAAACAGAGAAUUAA